CGCGGAUAACUCGAGGGAGAGAGAUUGAGAGAUUGAAGCGGCAAUGGCGAUGGCGAUGCGGGCGGCAGCGGCCUUCUUCUCGCCCUCCGUCUCCGUCUCCGUCUCCCCAUCCACCUCCCCGAGCCCGAAGCAGCGCUCCUUCUUCUCCACCCGCCGUAUCCACAAUCACCGUCGCCUCCGCGCCUUCCCAGCCACCGAGCUGACCCUCGAGGAGCUCAACCCCUCCGUCGCCCUGCUCAGGAAGACCGCGGAGGCCGUCGGCGAUUUCAGGAAGACGCCCAUCUACAUCGUCGGGACGGACUGCAAUGCCAAGCGCAACAUCGCCAAGCUGCUCGCCAACUCCAUCAUUUACCGCUACCUCUGCAGCGAGGACCUGCUCGAGGACGUCCUCGGCGGCAAGGACGCCCUCGCCGCGUUCCGGGAGUCCGACGAGAAGGGCUACCUCGAAGUCGAGACCGAGGGGCUGAAGCAGCUCACGUCCAUGGGCAGCCUGGUGCUCUGCUGCGGCGAUGGCGCCGUCAUGAACUCCACCAACCUGGGGCUGCUGAGGCAUGGAGUCUCCAUCUGGAUCGACGUCCCGCUUGAAUUAGCCGUGAAUGACAUGUUGAAGAGCAAGGGGGCGGCAGCUAUUUCAGACCCUGAUUCCUUUUCUCAGGCAAUGGCAAAGCUCCGUCAGCGUUAUGAUGAUCUGAAGGAGCGCUAUGCAGUUUCUGAUGUUACUGUUUCACUACAGAAUGUGGCUUCUCAGCUAGGCUACAGCAGCAUCGACUCUUUGAGCCUGGAGGACAUGGUCGUUGAGAUUGUGAGUCGGAUUGAGAAGCUGAUCCAAGCAAAGGCAAUGAUGGAAGCUGCUGGGAAGCCUGAAUGAUUCGAGCACGGACUGAGGUCCGAGGAAUCAAGUUCGGUCGCUUGAUUUCAAUAUUUUUGCGACAUUCCAUAUACAUAGUGUGUGCGUAUGAAGGCUUGAAGGCAUUCGCCGUGUCGUGUAAAUGAGUCUUUCACGACAUUAUAGUAACACAGUACUCCUCGCUGCAAGUUAUUCAUGCGGCCAGUUGUAAAAUGUACAUGGCUCAAUGGCCGAACAUUAAUCAGGAGAUUAUUUUUCCCAGUGAGUAAGAAAGAAGAAGAGGAGCACCAUUUCACUCUUAA